AUGUGUCAUUUUUGUGGUCAUAUUAAAUCGACUUUGUCUUUAAAUUUAGAUGCCGGUCAACUGGAAGCGUUGGAACCAAAAAUUACUGAAGCCACUUUAAGCCGAAGAAAUCAACUUUAUGUUGAGAUAUCCGCGGAAACGGCACGUUGGAAUCCGUCUAUUGAAAUUCUAUGGAAUCGAAAAGAUACAAUUUUACAACGCUUUGCAGUCAACCCGGGUCUUCACGUACCCAGAAUCUCCAAAGCAAUACUUCAUGGAAAAACGCGAACACUGGAUCUUGAGUUCACCCCGAUUUCCAGGGCGACUUCCUACACAGUGAUUCUUUUUGACGGUCAAGAAGUUCGACAAAUCUUCCACGUCACAUCAAACACACCUUCCGUUGGCGGGGUUUCGUGUUCCACUUGUGCUGUGGCCGUCCGCGCAGUGAACACGCAAGGCAAAGGUGCCUUCUCUGAUCGGCUUCGUAUAACCUGUUCAAAACAACCGACAAUUAUCAAGAGCACUAAGUACGGACCGUUUGUUUACAUCGUAAUCAAAAAGGAGCGACCUGCGCUGAGCCCCUCGUACGAAGCCUUUUUGUUCGAAAAUGAUCGGGUAUCGGCCCGUGGGAAAUGGUACGGUUACUAUGGCCGGAUUGAAGUUUCCUCUUGUGACAACUGUGUACUGUAUGUGCGUGAGUUACUUUCAGACGGAACAUAUUCGGCAUUCAGUACGGAAAACCGGGUCACGGUGCCAGCGAACCAUUUAUCAGACCCGUAUUUCAAGGUGGAUCCACAUCCCUCGGGAUUUGUGCUCGAAUGGAAAUCGUCACAACAAAUCACCAUAAUCUACACAAACGAUUUGACUCUAGAAAAAACAAUCUCUGCAGCAUCGAACGAGGAGAAGGAGAAUAAACUGUAUCAUGAUGAACGCAGAUCACGUUGA